AUGGUGCAUGACCAUCUACAUUCAUUGCCUCCUGUGAAACAAGAAAAAGGUGUCAUGACAAACAAUAGUGUUACUGGAUUUCCUGAUGAUGGUCUGCUAGGCCCCCAUUCAUCUUUGGUACCAUCUCCAAAUGAAUCAUCACAAGGGAAUCACUUCAAUGUUCCAUCACCGGAGCGAAGUCAUUGGAGCAUGCCUAAUUGUGAAGCAUGGAGACAUCCUUAUAACACACAUGCUGAAACUCAUUAUCCUUUUUCAAGCCCUCAAUUAGACCCCUUGUUCACAUUGGAAUCAGCACAAAACCAACAAUUUAGAGAUGGUGCUCCUGUCACCAAACAAAGUCCUCCUCUACAGGUAAUGGAGCGUGUAGAGAAUCCUACAACUUCUCCCGAUUAUAGGUUUCCAUCUCAUGUGUUUGAUAGGAACAAAUCAAAAUCAACCAAUCAAUGGAGCAAUGCCUCUAAUGAGUCAUUGUUCAGCAUUCAUAUGGGAAAUACGAGUUUCUCAAGUGACAUUGGUUGGAUGAGUAAAUCUCGUGAAAUGGAUAAAUUUGUUGACAUGAACGCAUCUGAUGCAUCAGUUCAAGGCAACCUCCCGGCACUCCCAUCUCAACCCCUAUCCCCAGCUACAAAAUUCAAUGAUAUCAACCAAUGCACUGCCAAACAAUGUGAUGGUUCAAAAUUGACCGAACUGAAAGCUGCUGAGACAAUGAGAGAGGUUAUAAUGGAAAGCAGUAUAAAAAGAGCGAGUUUACGCGAUGGGGAUUUGACAAAUCUUGCAGGGGAAACUAAUGGACGUUCUAAUUUGCAUUCCCAUUCUCGCCAUUCAGAUGCCAGCACCACAUCUUUCGCGUUUAAUGUAUCUGAUGGAGACAAAACAAUUUCACGAAAGCAUGACGAAGAGAAGGAAAAGCAGCAGAGCCCUGAAGCAACACCAGAUGCAGUUCAAACGCCCAAGCAAACCACAGAUUCUCCUCAGAACAAAUCCCCAUCUUGCUUCUCAUGCUGUUGA